AUGAAUGGAUUGAGAAAUUACUCUUGCGAUAUCUGUAGUAUCACCUGCAAUUCAGCUGAACAAUUACGUAUGCAUGAAGGUGGAAGUCUACAUUUGAAGAAAUGUGCGAAUUCCGGUAUAGACACACCUUUUAAAAGGUCGAUUUGCUAUCAGCCUUUACAGGCGUCACCAGAGUUUGAUUCUGAUUCUGAGAACUUGCAGAUCUGCCCCAUGUGCUUUAAUCAAUAUUCUCAGGCCGAUUUUUUUACUCAUAAGUGUGAAAGGGACUUACUUGCCUCUACUUCUUUACUGCCUGGUCCAUUUGUUGUAAUAGAUCAAAACAGUCCACCUAAACCAAGGAAAAAAAGAUUACCUUCUGAAGGUUGCGAUUUUUACUGUGAUUUAUGUGACCUAUCUCUUGGUUCAAUGGCUAGUUAUGAUGCUCAUGUUGAUGGAGUGAACUGUAUUGGGCUGGAGUCCCUUUCCUGCUCUCUGAGCGACAUAAAAGUGGUUGAGGGCUCAGACUCCUCUCUAGUUGGGUGUAGUUUAUUGAAUCAAUCGGAAAAUGCCUUUUCUCCCACAUACACUUCGCCCGUAUCUAAUACACCUAGCGUGUACUGCAAUGUUUGUGAUGUCCACCUAAACUCCACUACUCAGAUGGCGUCUCAUGUUAGUGGAAGGAAACACCAAAGUAAGCUGUUGAGGUCAUCGGAAUCAGUAAGUCCCACUUCACUCGUCACUGAUUUUUUUGGAGGUCGAUGUUGGUGGUGGCAACGAUGCCCAAAAUCUCUUCGCCCAGACAACUCCAAAGUUGUCGACUCCAUCUCCAAAGCCCCUAAAUUACCUCCAAACUCGGUCAUGUGUCAUGUUUGUAGUGUACCGGUUAGUUCGACUGAGUUGAGUCACCAUGAACAGGGUCGAGCGCACAUCUAUAAGGCUACCAUGAAUCUUUGUGCAAGGAUCAACGAUGAAAUCGCGUCCGAAAACCGCACAUUCAAACGAUCGUUUGAUACUACGCUUCCUUCUCUCCUUUCUCAGUUGCCGCCAUUCCCCACAACAAUAAAAGAUCAUCUCACCAUGAUAGCAGAAAAAAUUGAAGAUGUAGUUCUUAAAAUUUCUUUCAACGAUAUGUGUUCCAUAUCAGCUAUGGCACUAGCUAUUGCUAAGGCAAUUGUAAGCAGAAAUUAUCCGGAUUUUGAGCACAACUUCGCGGUGUGGAUUUGUCCCCAAACGUCCAUUGUGUCUGAUCGGAUUAUGGAAGUCAGAAAAUUGAUUCAACACUUCUCCGUUAACAAGCCCCUGUUGGCUAAUAUCCAAAAGCACGCUUUUGGUUUGGAUAAUGCCCAGUUGGAGCUUACAAAACACGACAUUGCUUUUUCUACCCCCGGGGCUUUUACAAAUCUCCUGAUGGCUCAUUCAAAUAUUCACCGAGCUAUUCCUGUUCUUGUCUUCACGGAUGUCGAACGGUGUGUGGAUAAUGAUCCAAUGCACGACCUGCUCACUCGAUUUGCCGCUCUGGCCCAUCGACCGAGGGUAGGUUCUGCUUCAUCUUCCCUCUUCUCUAAUCCUCCCUCUAUUUUCCUCUUCUCAGAUCAUCUACAUAACAAGCGGCAAUGUGCAGAAUUGGCCUCUGUUAAACACCUUCUUGAUUUGUUUACUGGUCCCGGUGUUUUUGCAACAUUAAUAAUAUUUUCGCAGAUUAAUGCUCGUAUUGCUCUUAUAUGCGCUCUCUUCUCCACACCACCCGUGUUUUUACGCUGCUUCCAAAGUAGUCUGGCUAAUUGGUGCGGUGGGGUUUAA